GAGUGGAGAGAAUGUGAUCUGUUGGUGGAAUUCAAGUGUACACACACACACACUUUUGUUCAAAGGCUAUGUCGUAGAAAUCCUUGAAAUGACCAAGGACUUGUGUAAAACAAAACAAAACAGCAUCCAACAUUGUAAAAAGAUGAAGAAAAACUAUGUAAAAUUAGUGAUGCUAGUGUGAUUCAUUUAUUUUUUACGGUCUAAAUUGGCCACAAUAUUUAUUUGAUGUCCACAAGUAAAAUGUGUCUUUAUUAAAGUAAUAAUAAUAUUUUUGUGAUUCAUUAUUUUUGUGCCAAAUUUGGUGGUGAAUGGUGAUGGUCCCCUACCGUGUUGUUUUGUUUGAAUAAAGAAAAGAGCUGAGAUGGUUUCUUUGCUUGUGAGUGACUUGACGGAAGACUAACAAAAGUUGACUUUUAACGCUGGCAAACAUGGCCCAUUUCUUGUUAAUUUCUCAUCUUUGACUACUGACUAAUUCCACAUGUGACUUACUAUACAAUUACCAUAUGUACUCUUUUGUCCCUUACUAGUAGUAGUAGUAGUAAUUCACUAUGGUAGUACAUCGUACAAAUACUAUACACGCAUGCAUAUGCAUACAUAAAUACACAUAUCGAGCAAAUAAUUAGUGGAAGACGGGGAAAGCUGUCUUUCUUUGAUUAUUGAACUAGACAAACAAAAAGCAGCAAAAGUAAUAUAUUACUAUUAUUAAUUAAAAAAGAAAAAAAGAAAAAAGAAAAAAGAAAGAGUAAAAAGCGCGUAACAAGAAAGAAGAAAUAAUGGUUUGAUUGAUUGGAGCAACUUGUUGAAAUUGAAACAAAUACACCACCCUGCUGCUCUAAUUAACCUCUUUCUUCUUGUUGUUGCAAAUUAUACAUACAAUUCCAAUGGGGAUUUGCUGGAGUUAUCCACCUAAUAAAGAUCCAACUCCAACUGGAACUGUUACACCUGCAGGGAUAUCUCAUUCUCAAACUACAAGUGGAAGCUAUGGUAUUAGUACACCCACCACCGCUUCAACAACUACUACUUUCAAUUCUGUUUCUACCAUUUCUUCUGGAAGUGGAACUGGAAGCAGCAGUAAUAUAUCUUCCUCCAUAAGUAGAAGCAACUUCUCCUCAGUCUCUGAUUAUUCAAUUGGUGGCCAGAUCUUACCUACUUCUAAUUUGAGGAUAUUUACUUUUGCUGAAUUAAAGGCUGCUACCAAAAAUUUCAAACCUGAUACACUUCUUGGUGAGGGAGGUUUUGGUAAAGUCUACAAGGGAUGGCUUGAUUCCAAGAAUAGUAGUGGAACUGCCGUUGCCGUCAAAAAAUUGAACUCUGAAGGCUACCAGGGACUCGAGGAGUGGCAGUCAGAAAUAAAUUUUCUAGGACGGCUUUAUCAUCCUAACCUUGUUAAGCUGUUGGGAUAUUGUUACGAGGAAACAGAACUUCUUCUUGUCUAUGAAUACAUGCAGAAGGGCAGUUUGGAACAUCAUCUUUUUGGAAGGGGUGCUUCUGUUCAGCCACUUCCCUGGGAUCUUAGGCUUAAGAUAGCAAUUGGAGCGGCCGCUGGCCUUUCCUUCUUGCAUACAUCCGAUCGAGAAAUUAUUUAUCGAGACUUUAAGGCCUCUAAUAUAUUACUUGAUGGGUCCUAUAAUGCAAAGAUAUCAGACUUUGGACUUGCUAAGCUGGGUCCUUCAGCAAGUCAAUCCCAUUUGUCAACAACUGUAAUGGGCACACCUGGUUAUGCAGCUCCUGAAUAUAUGCAAACAGGGCAUCUAUAUGUAAAGAGCGACGUGUAUGGGUUUGGAGUUGUUUUGGUUGAGAUACUGUCAGGCCAACGAGCCAUUGAUACCAACCGUCCAACCGGGUAUCACAGUCUAACGGACUGGGUCAAACCAUUCCUACAUGAUAAAAGAAAAUUGAAGAAGAUUAUGGAUCCUCAUUUGGGAGAUAAAUAUCCAAGCAAAGCUGCAUUUCCUAUAGCUAAGCUUGCUUCAAAAUGUCUUGCACCCGAGCCCAAAAUGCGCCCGUCCAUGAAGGAUGUUUUGGAGAUCUUGCAAGGAAUUCAAGCUUCCACAAACAAAAACGUGGAGGUUAGGGGUGAUCAUUAAUUAAUUCAUUAUUAAUCCUAUUUAUAUGUGAAUUAAUUAAUGGACCUGUAUGAUUAAAAGGCUAUUGGUUGUUCAUUUUGUAUUUUCCUUGAACUCAAGUAGCUAGCUAGGUGUAUUUCUGUGGUGGCUUCAGUGAGUUGUGGAUUUGAUAUACAUGCCUCUAGUUAGUUCAUCAACAUGUUGUAUUGUAUCGUGUACCUAUAGUUCUAUAUUAGAAAUCCCAAAUAUUCAUUAUGGAUCUUGAUCAAA